CUUCUCUCAAAGGAUGAAGACGACAUCGAGGAGAGAGAAACACUGAAAACAGGGAGUAAUCAGCAAAAACCCCUCUCUCUCUCUCUCUCUCUCUCUCUCUCUCUCUCCAAUGUUGCAGUCUCAACACCCACUACUCUCUUCCCACUUCAACUUCCCCUUCCCUCUCUCUCAUCCCCACAACCCAACUCUAUCUUCAUUCCCUCUCACCACUCUCCCUUCUUCCGUCUCAGCCCGCCUCCGCUCCCCACCCCAACAACCAUGGCUCGCCCUCGCCCAAGUCCCCGAGACUCUCACCGAACGCACCACCACUGACGCCGCAGAUGAGGGACCCAUAGAACUCCCACCGUCGUCCACCUCCAUUUUCGCCACCACCGAUGACCCUUCGCCCCUUCAACUGGCCACCAGUAUUCUUCUCACCGGCGCCAUCUCCAUUUUUCUCUUCCGCUCUCUCCGCCGACGCGCAAAGCGAGCCAAAGAACUGAAAUAUAGGUCUUCUGGGGCGAAGUUGUCGUUGAAGGAGGAGGCAAUGGAGAGUUUGAAAGCAAUGACGCCUGCACCGGCUGAUGUCAAGGGUCCUCCAUCACCUGUUCAAACAUUGUUGGGUGGAAUAACAGCUGGUGUGAUCGCACUUAUUCUUUACAAGUUCACCAUCACGGUCGAGAGCGGUCUUAGUCGGCAGACACUUUCGGAUAGUUACUCGGUUCGCCAGAUCACUAUAACCAUAAGGACCAUUAUAAAUGGAUUGUGCUACCUUGCAACAUUUGUUUUCGGCAUCAACUCUGUAGGUUUGUUUGUAUACUCAGCCCAACUUGCAUUAAACUCCCUCACGGGAGAUUCCUCAAGUGAAGGAACUGGAACUAAAGAUGAAGCACAAAAAAGAUCGAAUCUGGUGGAGAAGAGUCCCACAGAGAGCUCAGAAAUUAGCAAGGAGGAUCAAGGUUCAGAGAGCACACAAUGAUGGAACAGAAAACAAAACCCGAAUAGAAGGAACAGGUUCCUGUUCCUCUGACCAACUUGUAGAACACAUUUAUUCAAAUCAUAUUUAGCAGUUUUAUAAUCAUGUUUUUGCCCUGAUUAUAUUGCAUUCCCAGCUCUAUGCAAUUCUUCAUGUAUCGGUGUAUAAGAUGGCUGGGUUCGUA